AUGAUAUUUCUGAUAUGGAUGAUAGCUGUCUUUGUCGUCUUGGCGAUUUACUUUAACAAAGUCUACUCUAGAUUCAGCAAAUAUGGAGUAAAGCAUUUCAAGCCGAUGCCACCAGUCGGCAACAUGGGUCGGAUUCUGUUAAGAAAAUCCCCUAUCUUUGACAGCCUUAUCAUACUAUAUAAAUCGUUUCCUGAAGAGAGAUUUAUUGGUAGCUAUAGUUUCGUGACUCCUAAUUUAAUAGUGAGAGAUAUGGAUUUGAUAAAAAAUAUCGUUGUCAAGGAUUUUGAAUACUUUGUCGAUCAUACAUCUUUGGUAGAUGAAACCGCCGAUCCACUUUUUGGAAGAAAUUUGUUCUCUCUUAAAGGUGAAGAUUGGAAACAAAUGCGAUCAAAACUAAGUCCGGCGUUCACAAGUUCUAAAAUGCGAAUAAUGGUACCAUUCAUAGUAGAUGUUUGCAACCAAAUGAUAAAAUUCGUGAAGAAAAGUAUUCAAGAUUCACCAGAAAAUUUUGCUGAUAUUGAAUGUAGCGACCUAUCUUCUAGAUAUGCUCAUGACGUCAUCACUUCAUAUUCCUUUGGCUUAAAAGUGGAUUCACAUAAUGAGCAAGACAAUGAAUUUUAUAAAAUGGGGAUGUUAGCCACGAAUAUAUCAUUCAAGCAAUUUGUGCUAUUAACCGCCUUCAACUCAUCUCCUAUGUUAAUGAAGAAAUUUAAAAUAACUAUUUUUGCACAAGCCACCAAAAACUUUUUUAAAAAUCUUGUUGCAAGAAUGAUGCGCGAUCGUGAAAUAAACAAUGUUAAUAGACCCGAUAUAAUAAAUCAGCUCAUUGAAACCAAAAAAGGAAAUAUAACUUUAAGUAAUAAGGAGUCAAAGGACGACAUUGCUAAAGUUGAGAAAACGGCUACAGACAAAGGAGAAAACCGAGUUUGGUCCGAUGAUGAUCUUAUAGCACAAGCCGUAGUAUUCUUCCUUGCUGGAUUCAACACUGUAUCCACUGCAAUUUCAUUUGCAUUGCAUGAAAUAGGUGUUAACCCUGACGUGCAAGAACGGUUAGUGCAGGAAAUCAAAGAGACUGAUGCUAAAAAUAAUGGAGUAUUUGAUUAUAAUUCUGUACAAAACAUGAAAUACAUGGAUAUGGUCGUUUCAGAGAUAUUACGAAAAUGGCCACCAGUACCAGUUUUGGAUAGAACUUGUAGAAAAGAUUACAACAUAGGAAAGCCUAACAAAAAAAGUCCACAUGAAUAUAUCAUAAGGAAAGGCGAGGUUGUCAAGAUUCCAGCAUGCGCCAUACACCGUGAUCCUGAAUUUUACCCGAACCCAGAAAAAUUCGAUCCUGAACGAUUCUCAGAGUCUAACAAACAUCUUAUUAAACCAUUAACCUACAUGCCGUUUGGCCUGGGUCCAAGGAACUGUGUCGCUUCCAGAUUUGCUCUUUGGGAAUGUAAGGUGAUGUUGUAUCAGAUUUUAAAGCAUUUGGAACUGUCUCCGUGCGAAAAGACGUGCAUACCGGAAGUGGUGGACAAUGCAGAUUUAAAAUUCCGUCUCAAAGGUGGACAUUGGUUGAGGUUUAAAAUAAGGGAAUGA